CGCAAGCGAAAGCGAGCGAGGGCUUGGGGGACGAUUGUUUAGAGAGAGAGAGAGAGGGAGAGAGAGAGCCGCUCUCUGUACUGAAAAACGAAAAAAGAAACAGAGAGAGCAGCUCUCGUUCGUUGUGUUGUGUUUUCUUGGAUUGAAAUAUAACAAGUUUUUGGUGGUUUUAAUUUUAGAGAGAAGAUGUUUAUUGAGAGCUUUCGUGUGGAGAGCCCUAAUGUUAAGUACACAGAGGAUAAGAUUGAAUCGGUGUACGAAUAUGAGACGACUGAGGUUGUUCAUGAAAAUAGGAAUGGCAAAUAUGAAUGGGUGGUUAAGCCCAAGACUGUCAAAUACCACUUCAACACGGACACUCGUGUUCCCAAGCUAGGGGUGAUGCUCGUGGGUUGGGGUGGAAACAACGGUUCUACGAUCACCGCUGGAGUAAUUGCCAACCGAGAGGGAAUAUCAUGGGCAACCAAAGACAAGGUGCAGCAGGCCAACUAUUUUGGGUCGCUCACCCAGGCAUCGACCAUCAGGGUUGGCUCUUUCAAUGGGGAGGAGAUGUACGCUCCUUUCAAGAGCCUACUCCCCAUGGUGAACCCAGAUGACAUUGUUUUGGGGGGAUGGGACAUAAGCGACAUGAACCUGGCUGACUCCAUGGCUAGAGCCAAGGUUCUGGACAUCGAUCUUCAAAGGCAGCUGAGGCCGUACAUGGAGUCCAUGGUUCCUCUUCCUGGUAUCUAUGAUCCCGACUUCAUAGCAGCGAACCAGGGCUCUAGAGCUAACAAUGUCAUCAAGGGCACCAAGAAGGAGCAGGUGCAAAAGAUCAUCAAUGACAUAAGGGAAUUCAAGGAGACGAACAAAGUGGAUAUGGUGGUGGUGCUAUGGACGGCCAACACAGAGAGAUACAGCGAUGUGGUGGAGGGCCUCAACGACACCAUGGAGAACCUCUUGGCCGCCGUCGAUAGGAACGAGGCCGAGAUCUCCCCUUCCACCCUCCACGCCAUGGCCUGCGUCUUAGAGAACGUCCCCUUUAUCAAUGGAAGCCCCCAAAACACUUUCGUACCCGGUUUGAUUGAGCUGGCCAUAAAGACAAACAGCUUGAUUGGGGGCGACGAUUUCAAGAGUGGGCAAACCAAGAUGAAGUCUGUGCUCGUUGAUUUCCUUGUGGGCGCUGGAAUCAAGCCCACAUCGAUAGUGAGCUACAAUCACCUCGGGAACAACGAUGGGAUGAAUUUGUCAGCGCCACAGACGUUCAGGUCCAAGGAGAUAUCGAAGAGUAACGUUGUGGAUGAUAUGGUCUCCAGCAACGGCAUCUUGUACGAGCCUGGAGAGCACCCUGACCACGUCAUCGUCAUCAAGUACGUGCCCUAUGUGGGUGAUAGCAAGAGGGCCAUGGAUGAGUACACCUCCGAGAUAUUCAUGGGUGGGAAGAGCACCAUUGUUCUGCACAACACUUGUGAAGACUCACUCCUCGCUGCUCCGAUCAUUCUCGACCUCGUCCUCCUCGCUGAGCUGAGCACCCGUAUUCAACUCAAGGCACAUGGAGAGGAGAAGUUCCACUCCUUCCACCCGGUUGCCACCAUCCUUAGCUACCUCACCAAAGCUCCCUUGGUUCCACCUGGUACACCAGUGGUGAAUGCCCUCUCCAAGCAAAGGGCAAUGCUUGAGAACAUUAUGAGGGCCUGCAUUGGUUUGGCCCCUGAGAACAACAUGAUACUCGAGUACAAGUAGAGGGGAAUUCUACAUAUUUUUCCCUUCUUUUUUUGUUUUUUUUUUUGCUUCAUUUCUCAUGUGGUCGUGCGGGUACAAGGAGGAGUAGUCCGUGAUUUUGAAAGCUUGAACAAAUAAUAUGGCUGGGUGGUUAUUGCCAAGGUCGUCUCUUGUCAUGUCUUCAGAUGGUUUGCAAGUUAUCGUGGUCCCUCCUCUAUGUCUGUGUCUUCUAUUUUGAGUGACUGAGGGCUCACCUUUUAUAUCCGUAUAAUACAAUAAGUAAGAAGUACAGAAAAUGUUUUCUUUUGGGAUCUCAAUCUGGAAUGUAUUCAAGGCUGCUGUUGUAGGCUCCAUUUUAGAUAUGGAAAAAAUGGAUUUAAUUGUGGACC